CUGGCAUCAGAUGUUUUGCAGUAACAGCUGUUCGUUGGAGCUAGCAAACGAAUAUUUAACAAAAAUACAAAUAAGAAAAUGUUUAGCAGUAGUUUGUCCGAUUAUCAGUUCACAAAGCUAUUUAAAAAUGGAAAAUUCAGUUCAGUUUACAAAGCCAAUCAUACGAUCAACAAUCGUGUUAUUGUCAUCAAAAAGUUUACGCUCGAGGAGGAAAACGAUGAAGCAUUGAAGAAACUCUUUGCCGAAAUUUUAUGUUGUCGUCAGUUCAAUCAUCCAAAUAUCAAUAAAAUUCUGCACAGUUUUAUAUCGGACAUGGAUGUGUAUGUCCUGUAUCCCUAUAUGUGUUUCGGAACGUGCCAAAUUUUACUCGAUAGCAUUUUCAUCAACGGUUUGCCAGAAACAUUGAUUGCCCUGAUCUUUAAGGAUGUGCUCUCGGCUCUUAUGUAUAUUCACUCCAAUGACUUUGUUCAUGGUUCGGUAAGAGCGCAUCACAUUCUACUGGACAGCCAGAGAGCAGUAUUAUCGAAUUUCCACGAAAGUCGCAGUUUCAUAAAGCAUGGAAAGAAGAAGAACGUGCUGCACGGUGUCUCCCAAAUGAAAAAUCUAAACUGGGCGGCACCCGAAGUCCUUGAUCAAAAUAUCCAUGGAUUCACCGAGAAGUGUGACAUUUACUCCGUGGGCAUUACGGCGUGUGAGUUGGCCAACGGAAUUCAACCAUAUAUUGAGACACAGCCCACACUAAUGUAUACGGAAAAGAUACGAGGAAAUGUGCCUUCAUUGCUAGAUAGAUCCACUUAUACCAUGCUCCUGGAUGAUCAGGGAAAAAUGCCAUUUGAAAAUUCGACAAGACGACGAUCGUUUGAGGUGUAUAGUCAACGUGUUCUAUCGGAAGAUUUCCAUCAGUUUGCGGAGAUCUGCCUGAAUCGCAAUGCUGAGAAUCGUUGGAGUGCCAAGAAGUUGAUGACACACGCCUUCUUCAAGCAAUGUCGACACUCGAGCAUCUCGGAUCACAUCAAGAAAUGUCGCACCGACUUGCAACACAAUUCGUCGCUGGACGAUGAAGUAAUAAUUGGACUACAAGAUGAACAGCAAACCGAAAGACGAGGCAACUCGGAUCAUGUUCAAUGGAAUUUUUAAUGUGUUCGUUGCGAUUUGUAAAAUGUCAUAGACAAAUAAGCAUAAGAUUAAUAAUAAACAAAAUAUACAGACAAAGAAAGAUACAUUAACCAGAUGCAUUUAUCUAUGUAUAUAAGACGCUGUUCGAUUGAAAUCAAUAAUUUAUUUCACAUAAUUUUCUAUAUUAUAAAUGUGGCUUUAUUUACAGUAUAUUUGUUUCGUUUUUAUAUGUAAUAUAUAUAUAUAUAUUUCUUUUGUUUUGUUUGUUAGUUGUUGUUACUCAAGCCAAAGCCAAUAAUGCCGUAUUUUUGUAUUUGCAUUUAAAUGUUUCUUAAAUUGUGUCUCCCAUAAUAUAUAUAUAUAUAUAGUUUGUAUAUAAAUGUGCUUGACAAAAAAUAAAAUAUCACUUGGCGCCUUUAAAAACUAAUCGAAAUGAUAUGCAUUGGAAACAGAAACAGAACAAAAAAAACACUGCAACUGAAAACGAGGAAUUAAUUAGUUAGUCACUUUUGGUUUCCCUUUCUUUCGUUUUAUUAAAUGUAAACAAAUUAAUAACAACUAUGCGAACUAAAAUUAAAAUUAUUUAACAAAUAACUCUAUAUAGAAAGUUGCGUUGUUGUUGUCUUCUUUGCGUUAGUUAACUUAAAAGAAUUAAAAUUCAACUAAAUAUUUGGACAAACAUCACGCACAAAA